AAGUGGACUUGGGUCCCACGCGCACUCUUAUUCAUCAAACACAACCACAAAAUCACUCUCGUCUUGUACCCGAAAAAGCCUAAAUUUACUAUGUGAAUCUCCGGCGAAGCUUCUCUUUGAAUCUCCGGCGGAAGUUUCUCUGUGAAUCUCCGGCGAAGUUCUCCGUGAGUAUUGAUUUUCAGUGGCGAGUGUUUUUGUUUUUAGGUUGAAAUGUAUGACCUGAUCCAGUGAAGAAAAAAUCUGCCAUGUUUGGGCUAAAUUUGAAGUUAUUCGGAGUACUUAGACUUUGUCAGUUGUACAGAUAUGUUUAAUUGGAACGACGAAGAGCUCAGGAAACAUUGGUCCACUUCCCACAAAGUACUUGGACUUAUCACUGGAGGAGAAAUACAAAUCAUUAUCAAUCUGGAACGAGGUUCUUGAAAAGAUGGAGAAAAAGUUGACGAAUGGGAAGCUACAAUACCUCUCUCUUGGUGGUAGAAUCACUAUGAUCAAUGGUGUUCUUAGUGCAUUGCCUACCUUAGCCUGUCGCUUUUCCUGGCACCGUCCUCUAUCUUGAAGCGUAUGGACAAAUUAUGGAGACUUUCUCUGGAAUGGUGACAAACAAGGUCACUCCUCCGCACUUGUAAAAUGGAAUAUAGUUACUAAAUACAAAAGAAUAGGGGGUCUGGGAAUCAAGAACUUGAGCCGUCACUAUGAAAGUUUAUUAUUGAAAUGGCAUUGGAGAUUCAAUAAGGUAGGUAAAGCACUAUGGAGGAGAACCUUAGUUGAAAACUUCGCUGUGGAGAACCAAUGGUGCACUCCUGUGUUACAUAGCCACAACACCUCAUGACACGGGAGUCUGGAGGCAUAUUAGAGGUUGCUGGAAUAACUUUGAGGCACAUAUGGGCUGCAUUCUUGGUAAUGGAAGAAAAAUAUAGUUUUGGGAAGAUGCAUGGUUGGGCCACACUCCUGUUAAAGAACAAUUCUUGGAUAUUUUUAGAAUAUCAGCUCUGCACAAUGCAGUAAUUGCAGAAUUUUAUUCAACACAAUGGUGGAAUCACUUUUUUAGAAGGAAUGUAAAUGUUUGGGAUGUAGAAUGAGUAUAUCUUUUGCUUCAGAUGCUAGCAACAGAACUUUGCACUGUAACAAAGCUGAUUCUACUAGAUGGAAGGGGCAGCCCAAAGGUCUCUUACUGUCAAAAGCUGCAAAAGGAAGCUGGAAUCAAGUAACAACAAGGUUUCUUGGCCUUGGGAAAAAUUUGACUUAGCAAGACCACCCCUUGUAGAGACAGAGACGAAUCCAAUAGACCGCACUGUAGCUCAUCUGCUCUUCUACAAUCCAUCAGAGUUGCCGUCAAAACUUGCUGAAUUUCCCAAGUCAUCAAUGUUUUCAAUGCUCAAUUGUGAAAGAGAAGCAAUUGGUUCACCAAGCUUCCCAAGCAGAUUUUCACAACAGAAUUCUGAAACUAAUUCAACCACAGCUCUCCAGGGACCAAAAGCUUCUACCUCUCAUAAUGAAGUGGAUAUAAUGAGAAGUAGCCCCUGCACUGAGACUUCUGAGAAUGCAUCAAACAAUGAAGGAGCAGAUGGUAGUGUUAUUGGGGUUGAAGCCACAUCGUGAAACAAGAUAUAUGUAAGGUCAACUGGACACUGAGCAACAAUGAGCUACAAGAUUUGAAGUUUUAGGAGUCUCUGUUGUACCCUGGAAGAAGAAACCAAGAUCUUUUAUGCUGGUGUGGUAUGUUUUUCACUUACCUUCUGUAAGAAAAUUAACUACAACAAACUUCUGUAGGUAAAUGAUGUCAGCACAUGUAUGCUAUGCUAUUGUUUUUUGUUGUACUGAAGGUUCUAAGAUAAUGAACGUACAUACUUCAACAAUUCAACGAGAAGUUGCAAUAUUGUAAUUUGAUCAUGCUCCAUGUGUUCCCUA